CUUGUCCAUAAGCUUGAAACUGAGGAUUUAGAGAAAGAGAGGUAUAUAGAGAUAUCCAAAACAAAACAAAACAAAUAUAUGGCUAGCAAAUGCAAAGGAUGGAUAUUGAGCUAUACAGGGCUGCAAUAGAUGGAAGGCAGGAUUUAUGUGAGGCAAUGGGAGGCGGGGGUUCAAAUCAUGAGCAGGAGACAAGGGGUGAAAAGAACACUGUUCUUCACAUAGCAGCAGAAUCUGGGAAAUUACAGAUUGCAGAAGAGGAUGAUCAUCAUCCUGCACUGCGGUUUCUGUAUUACCAAAACACAAAAGGGAAUACCCCGCUGCAUAUUGUGGCAAGAUCAUGGCAUGUGGAAAUGGCAAGAAUUCUAGUGGUUAGAGCGGGAAGGAUGGAUAAUGUUCAACAAAAUAAGAAGUUCGUGAGCAUGAGGAACAAGGAGGAAAACACAGCACUCCACGAAGCUGUUCUUCACAAUCGAUUCGUGGUAUCAAGUUGCUUAUUGACGAAGAUCCAAAUUUGGCAUCUCUUCUCAACAGCUCCAAUGAGUCUCCUCUUUUUAUGGCUGUCCAUAGAAGCUUUUACGAUGUAGCUAAGAUUAUACUAAAUACUGCUGCUGCAAACUGCUCUUAUCAAGGAGGGAACGGCAUGAAUGUCAUGCACGCUGCCGCAAUUCGUAGUAGUUAGUAUAUUUAUAUAUAUAUAUAUAUAUAUAUAUAGUGGGAGAGAGUUUCAAUUUAGUGGGCUUAUGAUGCAAGAUAUUAAUGUGACAUAAUAUUAGAUAUAUGUAAAUAAGUAAAUGCAAAAUUUUUAAACUUUUUUUAAAAAAAAAUUAGUAUUAUUUAUAUAUCAUUUCAUUACCAUUAAAAGAUUUUUUUAUUAGAUUUUUUAUAUUAAAAUAUAAAAAUAAAAAUAAAUAUUGAAAACUAAUAUUAUCAUAUGUUAUUUGUUGAUCGCAAAUAAUAAAAUAAAAUAGAUAAUAUAUUAGAUCAUUAUUGGAUAUAUAUAUAUACAUGUCUUUCAUUAGCUCUUAAUCAAUAUCUUUAUUUGUAUAUAUACAGAUAUUGUUUUUUUUUUUUUUUUUUUUUUUUUUUGGGGAGGGGUGGGCCGCAUAUGUGAUAGUUUUUUCUAUUUUUUUAACAAUAAAUAAAUAAAUAAAUAAAACUAACUAAAAAGAUCUUACAAUAAUAAAAAAGUUCAGUAUCUGAGCUUACUUUCUUAUAAAUUUGUAAAUGUUUGAGUACCUUUUUUUUUUUUUUUUUUUUUUUUUGGGCAAUGAAAAUGUUUGAGUUCUUGAACAUUAUUCUUUUAUCUUUAUAAUAAUAAAGAAACUAUAGGUGUCUUAUAUAUUCCUUUGCACUAUUUCUUUCUUCUUAUGAAGAUUUUGCACUUGAAAUAUUCAAUAUACCCCAUGAAUCUUUAAGAAUGUUGAUGGAAGAAGCUGAUAUCCUUGGGUGGAUCCCUCCUUGGGUGGAUUCCUCUUCACUAUGCUGCACAUGCGGGCAAUAGGGAAUUUGUUGAACUAUUUCUAAAUGUGAAAAAAUCCCUUGCUUACGCAAAGAAUAAAGAAGGUAUGUCUGGCCUCCAUAUUUCAGCAAAGAAAGGACAUGUGGAAGUAAUUAGGACAUUGAUCAACAAAUGUCCAGAUAUUUGUGAGUUGUUGGAUAACAAUUAUCGGACAGCUCUUCAUGUUUCUGCUGAAAGUAGGAAUGAAGACCCGGUGAAAUUUCUACUAGAAUCAUUUGCAUUUCAGGAUCUUAUAAAUAAGAAAGAUAAUAAAGGAAAUACAGCUUUGCAUCUAUCAGCUGCCUCUGCUCAAGGUCAAGGAGAUCUCAACAUCUUAGAAAUUAUGCUGGCAAAUGACUCAGAUAUUGACAGAUGGGCUAGAAACAAGGAUGGAAUAGCAUUUUCUGACAUUAUCCUGUCAAAUAAGCAGCUAGAGGGGAUUGAAAUUUCGACAACAAUCAUGUCGGAGUUGGAGAGAGAGAUUGCUUCCAUUAGAUUGGAACAAAGCGAGGGUGGUGAAGAAAAGGCAGAGCAAAAGCAGCAGAAGGAUGGUCAUCAUCAAGAACCAGAAGUAAAGCAAAAGGAUUACAAGGAGUUGGCGAGCCUCAAUUUGGUGAUAUCCACACUUAUUGCUACCAUCACCUUUGGACCCGUUAUCCAGGUGCCUGGUGGAUUCGACCAAAACGGCUUUGCUGUUCAUGGCGGGAAAAGAAGCUUUCUAGCUUUUCUGAUUCUUGAUUCACUUGCCUUUUGGUUCUCCACGAGCUCCAUUCUCAUUUACUUAGUUGGUAUAGUUACUGGAAGGAAGCCAAUAAAAAUGAUUAUUUUUUUAACAGAAAUUUCGCUUAUCAUAAUGGGGUAUGCUUAUAUUGAAGGCCUAAGGGCAGUCCUCCCUUCAACUCCUAGUACUUCUAUUUUCUGGUGGUGGUCUAUCGUCGUUACGACCUUCACUUCUUUGUGUUAUGUGUUUUCAAUCUUCUCCAUGUUCAACAGAUAAAUUCCAGCUAGUUUGUAUAGUAUGAUGGAAAGAGAUACAAGGAAAUGUGUUUGAUAAUGUAUAUCACAAAGAUACAUUCACA